AUGGGAUCCAUUAUGUCCAGCGUCCUCGGCGGAGAAGCAGCGGCGGCGGAAUCAACCGCCGGCGAGUCGUCUGGACCGUCGCGAGUCCUCGCCUUUCACUCGUCUCAUCGAUGGCAGUUCCACCACAACUCUUGCAAGCAAUUGAAUAAACUGGUGGUGGUGGAUUUCUCCGCCACAUGGUGUGGGCCGUGCAAGAUGAUGGAACCGUUCUUCAAUGGAUUGUCCGCUAAAUACACUGACGUUGACUUUGUCAAAAUCGAUGUUGAUGAACUCUCUGAUGUGGCACGCGAGUAUGAAGUUCAGGCCAUGCCGACAUUCGUAUUACUAAAGCAAGGGAAAGUAGUCGAGAGGGUCAUUGGAGCCAAGAAAGAUGAGCUUGAGAAUAAGAUCCUCAAGCACAGGGAAGCUCCUAAAUUUGCUGCCUAA